AUGGAGGAUGUUGGUAACACUCUGAAUGGCAGUGAUGUCUCCGAACCAGAAAAACCCGAAGUCGGAUUUGAAAUGGCUCAGUCCAUCCUAAGUAAGUUCUCUAUGAAAUCCCUGUUUGGAUUUACGAAUAAACUGGAAUCUGUGAAGCCUGAAAAGGAAGAUGCUGUGCUGAAAGUAUUCUGUAAUUUGGAGGUGGAUUCCACACCUCAGCAGGAUGAUCCCAGCAAUGAUUCCGAUCAGCAGGAGGUAGAGGCUCAGGUUCCACAUAAUCUUGGAAAUGAUGGGAAGCCUGCGGGGGUGGAGACAGAAUCAGAGGAAAGUCAGAGACAAGCAGAAGCAAGGACUUCUCUCUCUGGUCAAGAGGUUCUUCCUCUCACUACUGUGAGUGUGACCAGAGACAAUGUCAUUUGGGUUCGUGGGACCCUUGUGCACACCACCAGUGAUUCGGACUCUGAUGAUGGUGGCCAGGAGCCAGAGGAGGGGAGCAAUGCCAAUGACCCAGAGUCCCCCAGGAUUGUUGUAUCUGAGCCAUCUCAGGAGCCUGAAGAAAAACCGGGAGGUUCUAGGGAAAAUAUUGCUACUGGGGAAAUGGACAUUGCAGAGGUCUGUGCAGAAGAUCCUCAAAGGACUCCACCUGAGAUAAGUAGCAGACGGGAACCUGGUGAUGGUGGCUUUCAGGCAGAGCACAGCCCCAGCCAGGGCCAAGCCAGAGAAGAAGGGUCCGGAGUCCUACCUGCAGUAACAGACCAGAAUUUGAGUGUUGGUGUCGCCGAGAGUGCGUAUCCUAAAAGAGAAGUCCCUGGAGAGAAGUCAUUCCAGCUUCCAGCUUUUUUUAGUGGACUUCGUGUGCUGAAGAAGGGGACUAUGGCUGAGGGAGGGGAGACUAUCACUGAAAUUAAACCAAAGGAUGGGGACCUGGCUCUGCUCAAAUUGACCCAGCCUGUUCAGAAGUCCCUUGGGCAGGCAGGGCCACAGACAGUGAAGAGUGGGGAGAAAGCAACUGGUCUGAAGGCCACUCCCACUCUCCUGGAGCAGCUCUCUCAGCUGCUCAAUAUUGACAUGCCCAAAACCGACCUGAAGGCAGCGGACCCUGAAUCGUCCAGGGGAGAAGAGAUGGGCUGCAUUGCUGACCAGGAGAGCCAGAGCGGCCCCAGAGAAGCCCGCGCCCAGGGCGGCGAGGUCAAGCCGAAGCCGCCCGAGACUGCCCUGGAGGCCUUCAAAGCCUUAUUCGUCCGUCCCCCCAAAAAGGGGACCACAGCUGACACCUCUGAGCUAGAGGCCAUCAAGCGCAAGAUGAGACAUGAGAAGGAGUCACUAAGAGCUGUGUUUGAACGGUCCAAGUCAAGGCCAGCUGGUGGUCCCUCAGAUUCCAAAAGU